AUGCAUGACCAUGCUUUAGCAGGUCAUGGUGGGGUCAAUACAACGGUGGAGCGUGUUGCCAGGUCCUUCUGGUGGCCUAGGAUGCGCCCCUCAAUCGAGGAAUACGUCCUCUCUUGUCCGGACUGCCAGCAGCAAAAGCCGCGAAACACGCUCAAACCCGGAUUCCUGCACAGCCUGCCUAUUCCCGAUAGGACCUGGACAGAUAUCUCCAUGGAUUUCAUAGUGGGCUUACCACUCGUCAGAGGACAUGAUAGUAUAUAUGUCGUGGUGGAUCGUCUUAGCAAAUACGCUCACUUUAUUCCCUGCUCGAGCACGGUCACAGCGGAAGGAGUGGCCCAACUAUUCAUUAAUAAUGUGUGGAAGCUCUACGGUUUCCCCAAAAGCAUCAUUACCGACAGGCAUCCGAAGUUCGUUAGCGCCUUCUGGCGCAGCCUCAUGCAACGGCUCGGCAUCGAGAACAACAUGACCACCGCCAACCAUCCGGAGGCCAACGGCCAGACCGAACGCACCAACCGCACGCUGGUGCAGUAUUUGCGACUUGACACCCAACAGAACACAUCUAACUGGCUCGACAUUCUUGCUUGUGCAGGAUGGGUUUAUAACACUACUGUGCAUUCGUCCACUCGCUGCUCCCCGGCGUCGCUGGCCUACACCGAAACUCCACUCGCCGAUCCGCCGCUCGACCUGGCGGUUAGAAGCCAACCGCGACCGACUGUGGCUUCCGACUUCGGCAUAGAGCUCGCAGCAGCGAGGGAAUGCAUGCGCAAAGCACAGGAACGUCAACCCAGAAACUAUGAUAAACGGCGUUCCGCAGUCAGUUUCAACCCAGGCGAGUUGGUGCUAGUGGAUUCGCACGCCCUCUGUAGCAUGAGUUAG